AUACAAUAACCCCACAUCAGAUUUUACCGCUUACCGCUAAAUUAUAAAAAAAAUAAAUUCUAACUUUUUCAAAUAUUAAAAGAAAAUAAAGUAAAACUAAUCAUAAAUUGCCGAGAAACAAUACAUGCCGGAAGGUACAUUUUAUUUCCUGUUCUUCAACUAUUCACGAUGGCAUUAACGAAACCACAAAACUGCUAUUUCCCAUUGAGUAUUCCAAGACACUUCGCAUUCACACCAGAAUCAGCCAAGAAAUUAAAAAAUACAUUGCUCAGUGAUCAAAGGUUGUCUGUCGAGAACUUCAAUAAAGGCCUGGAAGUAUGCAAGGAUUUAAACAUUAAAAAAAUCGAUUUGAUUACUGCCCAAUGUUACCGAAACUUAAGCAAUUUUAAACGAAAUUAUUCUCAUAAAACUCAUAUUGAAUCAUCAGAAAAAUUUGUCUUAACUGAGCUGUACAAAAUAAUUCCAAACAUUUAUUUUGGGUCUUCGAGAAAUAGGACUCAAUUUAAUAAAAUUGUCAAUAGGAUACUAACACAAAGUUAUGGAGAAUGUGUACAUUUAUCCUUUUUAAUUCAGGGUUUUAACUUGGAUUCUGUUCCUUGGCUUGAUUGUUAUCCCGAUUCAAUAAAGUCAACAAAAUUGAUGUCCACCAAUAUACUGCUGAUGCAGACAAUUGUAAAGCCUCUAAUUAAUUAUUGCUGGUAUUUCGAAAAGGAUAUUAGGACUACUGAGGCUUGGCUGGUACCUAGAAGUCAAAAUGAUUCUUUUUGUGACCAGAACCUUAAUUUAGCCAUUAGACAUGGGUUGCUAGAACAUGUAAAUGAUAUACAGAGUAAAGAUGUUUUGGGAAGGUUAUUAUUUACAAAAAAAGGACCAGAAGGUUUAGAUUAUAGACCAAUACUAUGUCAAAGUUAUAGAGGCAAAAAUAACUAUUUAAGGAAAAAAUUAGUUGCAGUUAUUAAUAGUUAUCAAAUAGGGAUUGAACAGGAUCUGUAUAAAAAAUGGGACAGUUUUGUGGAGUUUAAUUUAAAUAAAUCAGCCUAUUGUGGUCACCAAAAAACCUUUUAUGGAGUUAAAUUGGAUUUGCUUGAUGCAUUUGGCCUGGUAGAACUGGAACAACUGAAGAAUAUUAUAAGCAAUAUAAAUCCACAACUUUUAACCACAAAUGAUAAAAAAAGCUUAAAUAGGAUAAUUGAUAAACAGUAUGUCUUUGUGAGGGGCAAGAAAGUCUAUAGUUGGAAAAAAGGCUUACUCCAAGGCGCACAACUGUCCCCACUUCUUUGCGACUUAUAUUUAAGCCAUACAUACUACAAUUUUUUCAAACACUUCAAUCAACCACACUCAUUUAUGCAUCGCAAGAUGGACGACGUAUUCUUUGUGUCAACGAAUAAGAAUCAGGUGUUCGAAUUCGAAUCGCAGGCCAGUAAAGUUUGGCUUAUAAACGAAAAGAAAACUCAUCAAUACACCGUGCCAGAUAUCGACGAAUCCAAAAUAGUAUUUUGUGGGAAAAUAUUCGAUUUAGCUACUUUACAAACGAGCAGCGCUUUUGAAGGACAAAGCGGGGAGAAGGUGAAUGUUACAAAGAAAUUUAAAAUUUGGAAUUUCAAUAAGCAGUAUGACACUGGGGAGGUUUCUAAGUUUUUUAAGGAUUUUAUGAAAUUUGAGGCUCUUAACUUUUACUUCAGUGCCUUUGAGGUGAAUACGAAGUAUAACUACAUCGACACUGUGGUGAAAAACAUUUUUGACGGGAUGAUAUUCGCCGCGUUCAAACUGUUUACGGCCGUUGAAAGUGUCAAUUACUUGUUUAAGAAGAAAGAAGAGGCUGCAGUAAUUUAUGACGCCAUCCAUGAGAGAUGUAUUUAGUGUCCUGAGCAACCCUCCAAUUCACACCCUCCUUAAAGAACAACUAGUAAACGCAGCACGUAAUAUUCAACCCCCUAUAGAAUGCGUAGUAGGUUUAGACGCGAGGGGAUUUUUAUUUGGCCCCAUCA